UCCCCCACUAUGACAUUUUGUGGAUUUCAUGUACGUGUCAAACAUUAGCUAGACUACAAAUUCAAUAUAAAGUAAGAUCAUGGAAGGGCAACAACAACAAAAAUUACUUGCAACAAUGAAAUACUUGUUAUGUAUUGUGGGAUUUGUUGUUCUAUUAAGCAUUGCUGGAGCUAAUGGAGCUGGUGAAUGCGGGCGAAAUUCUCCGGAUAUGGAAGCUAUGAAGUUGAUUCCUUGUGCGGAAGCAGCAUCAGAUGAGAAUGCAUCCGUUUCCAGGAGUUGUUGUUCACAAAUACAAAAAUUGGGACAAAACCCGAAAUGUCUCUGUGCUGUUAUGCUCUCAAAUACUGCUAAGAACUCUGGAGCCAAUCCUGAAGUUGCUAUAACCAUUCCUAAGCGUUGCAACCUCGCUAAUCGUCCCAUUGGCUACAAAUGUGGACCUUACACUCUGCCUUGAAGACUGAAGACUAUUUGAUGUGUUAUUAUGUUAUGUACUUGUAUGUUUGGUGACAUUACGUAUUGUAUGCUUCAGUUAUUGUGGUUUAACUUAUAAUCAGAGAUCAUGUCAUGUAAGAUUUCUGAUUAGUGUAAUAAUAUUUGGUGUUUUCUUUCUUCUUUUUGC